AUGCUCAUCAUCACCAUCUGUGUUGGAUACUAUCAUACUCAUCAUCACCAUCUCUGGGUUGGAUACCAUCAUACUCAUCAUCACCAUCUGGGUUGGAUACUAUCAUACUCAUCAUCACCAUCUGGGUUGGAUACUAUCAUACUCAUCAUCACCAUCUGGGUUGGAUACUAUCAUACUCAUCAUCACCAUCUCUGGGUUGGAUACCAUCAUACUCAUCAUCACCAUCUGGGUUGGAUACUAUCAUACUCAUCAUCACCAUCUGGGUUGGAUACUAUCAUACUCAUCAUCACCAUCUGGGUUGGAUACUAUCAUACUCAUCAUCACCAUCUCUGGGUUGGAUACCAUCAUACUCAUCAUCACCAUCUGGGUUGGAUACUAUCAUACUCAUCAUCACCAUCUGGGUUGGAUACUAUCAUACUCAUCAUCACCAUCUGGGUUGGAUACUAUCAUACUCAUCAUCACUAUCUGGAAACACAUGAAACACCAGAAUCACCAGAAACACAUGAAACACCAGAAACACAUGAAACACCAGAAACACACGAAACACCAGAAACACAUAAAACAACAGAAACACAUGAAACAGAAGAAACACAUGAAACACCAGAAACACAUGAAACACCAGAAACACAUAAACACCAGAAACACAUGAAACACCAGAAACACAUGAAACACCAGAAUCACCAGAAACACAUGAAACACCAGAAACACAUGAAACACCAGAAACACACGAAACAACAGAAACACAUGAAACACCAGAAUCACCAGAAACACAUGAAACACCAGAAUCACAUGAAACACCAGAAACACAUGAAACACCAGAAACACAUGAAACACCAGAAACACAUGAAACACCAGAAUCACCAGAAACACAUGAAACAACAGAAACACAUGAAACACCAGAAACACAUGAAACACCAGAAACACAUGAAACAACAGAAACACAUGAAACAGAAGAAACACAUGAAACACCAGAAACACAUGAAACAACAUAAACACAUAAACAUCAGAAACAUAUAA